ACCUUGUCUCACAGGUCGUAGCCACAGUGUAAAGUCAAUCAGCCCUUCCUUCCCGGGCGCUGGUUGACGGGCAAACUUGCAAAUCCGCUGCCUGGCGGUUACGGCUUACAACUGUAACACGUUCACGCGGUACUAGUUGUACUGAACGUCUGUCUAAGCUUCAUAAAUACUGGGAGGAAUCGGCCAUGAUGGUAGGUGUUGCCGGUUAGGUCUACAUUCUACUUAGUUGACUGGGAGUGAUCUGUGUACUAGUUUGAUAUAUUGAACACAUUGACUGGUUGAGGUUGUUUUUUUGCGGAGCAGUGGACAGUGAACAUGGAUGGGGUGGAAGACAGCUCUGACCUCCUUUCAGAGGAUCAAAGCAAGGAAAGAUCUGAUACAGUUGACCUGAAUUUAGAUACAUCAUUGGUUGUGGACAUAUCAGAUGCUUUAAGUGAGAAGGAAAAAGUGAAGUUCACAGUUCACACCAAGACUACUCUGCCAUCUUUCAGUGAUAGUGAGUUUUCAGUCCAACGUGAACAUGAGGAGUUUGUGUGGUUACACACAAUGUAUGUAGAAAAUGAGGAUUAUGGUGGCAUUGUGAUUCCUCCAGCGCCUCCAAGGCCAGACUUUGAUGCUUCCAGAGAAAAGCUCCAGAGACUUGGAGAUGGUGAAGGCACCAUGACUAAGGAAGAAUUCACCAAGAUGAAGCAGGAGCUUGAAGCAGAAUACCUUGCCACAUUUAAGAAGACUGUUGCCAUGCAUGAAGUGUUUUUGCAGCGUCUAGCUGCACACCCAACUCUCCGAAAUGAUCAUAAUUUCAAAGUUUUCCUGGAGUAUAAGGGAGAGUUGAAUGUCCGUGGAAAAAACAAAAAAGAGAAGUUUGGAAGUCUUGUGAAGUUUGUCACAAAGUCUGUGGAUGAAGUUCUUGUUUCAGGUCAAAAGGAUGUGGAUUCCUUCUUUGAGCAUGAAAAAAAUUUUUUAGUUGAGUAUCACACCAAGGUGAAGGAUGCUACCACAAAAUCAGAUCGAAUGACAAGAUGCCAUAAAGAUGUUGCAGCAUCCUAUAUCAAAAUUUCAGGAGGACUACUUGGUCUGGCAACUGCAGAAAAGACCGACUUGGAUAAAUUCUUCAUAAAGGUGUCUGAAUCUCUGGAAAAAGUCAGGAAACUUGAGACAAGGGUGGCAUCAGAUGAAGACCUCAAACUUUCUGACCUCCUGCGAUACUACAUGAGAGAUUCUGCUGCCGCAAAGGACUUGCUGUACCGCAGGAUGCGUGCACUUGUUGACUACCAGUCUGCAAAUAAGGCAUUGGAAAAAGCACGAGCCAAAAAUAAGGAUGUACAUCAGGCUGAGAUGAAACAACAAGAGUCAUGUGAUAAGUUUGAAAAACUAUCAGAGGUUGCUAAAACUGAGUUGUCUGAUUUCAAAACAAGAAGAGUGACUGCGUACAGAAAGCAUCUUGUUGAACUAGCUGAACUUGAACUGAAACAUGCAAAGGCCCAGGUUCAGCAGUUGAAAAAUUGUCUGUCAUCUCUUCAAGACAACUAGUUUAAUUGGACUGCAGAAUAAAGACACCAUAAAAACGUUCCAAGUGUAUUACAUUAGAUUUUUAAAAACAAAAUCGUACAAUGUGUGUUUAACUCUGGACAGAAAUUCUUCAAUGUAUAUUUUGACUACUUUUGAAAGAAAGCAACUUUUGUUAGAAGAAAUACCAAAUUUCUGUUGGUUGUAUUCUCUAGGGUGAAAAUCACAAAUAUGUAAAGCCAAGAAGAAAUAUAUUAAAGUAGAAGAGCAACAAUUAUAAUUUAAAGGUCUUACAAACACAACAAUGCUAUUCUUGUGUGUCUAUGGACUAGUUUAUAGGGAAUGAAAGCAUGAUGGGGCAAUGUUCAAGUUGUGCGUUUUUCAACCAGCAACAUGCCUGGGGAUGACAUGUAACCCAGGUUGAAUCCCUGACCGUAUUACGUUACGGAGGGAGUCCAGGAUGAAGGGUGCAAAAUCGGGCGAAAAGUUUUGAAACUAAAAUUUCCAAUGCUUCUACCUUUUCCAAGGAGCCAACUUCACGUCUUUAACUCCUAUGCGUCCUUAUCUCCACAGCUGGUGGGAUAAGAAAAUUCGACUUAUCACCGCCAAAGAAAAAAAUUGGAAAAUAAAUCAGAAGUUUAAUUCUUGCUAUUGUCGUGGACUGUUUUCAGUCUUUCUCCAGUGCAUGCAGUUCGUACAGUGUGCGCGCGCAACUAUUCUGCGUAUUACACGCACAUCGAAACUACAUGACUGGAACCAGCGUCUAACCAAAUCCACCAGAAUAUAAGAUUAAAUCAGUGCUCUGAAAUAUACGAUUGCCAUGUAUUUCAGAGUACUGAUUUAAUCUUAUAUUCUUGUCGAUAUUCUGAUCACAAUGCUACGCAGCCCUUCCAUAUUCUCUAACCGAAUCCGCUCGUUUCGAAAACGCUCACAAAAGCACGUAGCACGCAACGUGGUUCUCAGCCACGGAUACCAUUGACCUCUCCGUGCCGUGUACACACUACAUUGAGCUGGCCGGGGGGUGAAACUGUGGCGUGCAUUGAUCAUGGUGACGGUUGGCCUUGUUACCGGUAUGUGCACGCAAGCUGAGUCUACUGCAGCCAGUAUGGGAAAAAUCUUUAACCAACAAAUCUCUACAAACAAAUUAAACAAGUUAAACACUUUAAAGAGAGAUUGUUGGUGAAUUUAUUCCCGUACAAGAACCCUGCAUAUAUACAAAGACUUCUACGCUAACUUAGGUAUAAAGCAGAACAAAAUAUGAUCAUUUUAAGGGUAACCAAUAGGGGGUUAAUUGGUCAGUCUGAAGCACCCGAUUCGACAAAUACUGAAGUGUGUAGCAGGCAUGCAACAGACCUUCAAUGGAAAUUGCGCACAUGUAGUGUGUGCACGCAGCUCAGAUUCCUGUACGUGCGUGUACUUUAUACAACGUCUGUCACUUAUUUUCCUCGAUUUUGCAGUGCAUGGUUUGUUCUGAAAUUCCUAACCUCCCCACCCAUGGAUAGAUAAGGCCACGAAGAAUUUGUAAACGUGAAAAAUUAGUUCCUUCAACAAGGUAAACCAAGAACAAAUUGGAACCAAAUUUGUGAUCGUUUUGUACACAACUUUUAUACCCUGGACGUCAACCAGUAGGAAUGGGUGAAUUGGACGGUGUAUCUGUGAAUGCCCCCCCUAAAAAAAACAGAAAAGAAAAACAAAGUCUCUUAUUAUACAGUGUAAGCCUUUUUUUCAAACUGACCAGGUGCAAAAACAGUAAAUAUAUGAAUGGGACAGUAUACACAAAACUUAGACAUGGAUUAGCACCUUUGGCUUUUGUGCUUUGGUUUUGUGUUGUUUGUUUAAAUUACCAUUAUUGUUAAUGUUCCAAAUAAAGAGAUAUAGGUUCUGUGUGAUUUUUCUAAGUUGGGCCAGCUAUGGCCUAAACGUAGGAUUUUGUAACUGUAUUUACAAUAUGAGUUGCACAAAAUUAUAUCAAAUACUGUGCACUUUGUGGUUUCGGUAUGAAGUAGAAUUGGAGUAAAAAAAUUCAUUCACAUAUGGUAACAUAAACUAGUCUGGAAUGUGUUUAGCAAACAGCCGAAUCAUCAUUACCAUCAAUGAGAUUGGAGGCUUUCAAAUUUGGACUAAACGAGACUUCGGAUGAAAUGCAUAAGCCAUCUCAAAAGCCACAGCUUUGAAAAUGUAUUCCAAUCUUAAGAACAUGUUACAUCUGUUAAACUUGGUUUUAAUCUUGAACAUGUUCCAUCUAUACAAUUCCAUGUGAGCCUCAAAACAAUUUAUAUCUGGAAAAGUUCAUUUGGAAGGUGUAAGACAGGUGAGGUCCAUAGAAUUUUAUUCAAGGUGAAAAGGAUGCAAGUCUGUAAGAUUUCAUUAGAUUUUAGGAAAUGUAUUUGAAAUUUGCAACUACGCUGUUUUAAAAUGCGAGAUUUAACAAUACCUUCAAAUUUUUGAAAGAUUUUGUUUCUCAAAAUCAUGGUCCAAUCUUUUUAACUCAAAUUCUGCUUUGUGUUUGGUUUCUCCCAGGUCUCCAUGAAUGUUUUCUGUUUAAGAUCAUAGCUUGAAGAAUAUCUUUUUUUUGGUUAAACUCAAAAUUGUUCUAAACAGUCAGCCAUACAGUAUAAUCUCUGUCAUGUAAAUUGCUGGCAAAUUUAAUGUAGCAAGUAAUUUUAUAUUUUAAAAGAGUCAUUUCCGUUUCUUUGUGAUGUAAUUUUGGUUAGAGAAAACACGAAUAAACUUGUGUUGAUAUCAAAGCAUUUCUCAUGAAAAGAAAGUGACUGGUGUAAUUAUAUCAUGCAAUUAUCUGUCUACAUUUGUAACAAAAAUUGAGAAUACAAAUAACCGAACCUCUCAGACAAACUUAAAUGUUGUGGUUGUGUACCUUGGGGUUGUACUUCAUUUGAUUAGUAAUUACAUGUAUUUGUUUUUAUCAACGUUUUACGAAAUGAAAGUGUGUAAUUUGAGUGUUAGAAUAGAUCCUUGAAUAUUAAAAUUAAAUGAGGCUUCGAUGUUUAAAACACAAAUACUGCAGGAGAGGUGCAUUAAAAAUAGUUUCCUGAAAUGGUUUGUAGUACAUGCAAGUUUUUACAACGGAAAAAUGUGUGGUAGAGCAUGUACCGUAGGUUAUAAUCGGCGAUGUCCGUCAAAUAAAUCAUAUGUCCAACGCUCUUUCAUUCUUAUUCA